UUUUCCUUUCUUUUCCUUUCUUCAUCAUUUUCCAGCACCGUCGCGCCUUCCAUUUUCACUCUCUGCGAGGUUCCUGAACAGCAACAGCUUGUGAAGAGAGAGCGAGCGCGAGCGAGUGAGCGAGUGAGAGCCUGUUCAUCUCUCAAUCCCGCGCCUUUACCCCGUUUCCCUCUUUCCCCCUUCCCGCACUCGUGUCUUCCUCCGUCCAGCCAAACACACUCGUUUUCAACUCUCUCUUCCAAUCAGCAAACAAGAAAACCCGUUGAGGGACCCCCUUCUGCCGGACGAUGCAAGCCAACGACGUUUCCGCUGCCACCACAUUGGCUCCGCUCCGCCGGCAUCACGCCGAGCCCCAGCCGCAGCAGCUGGAGGCCUUCCUGGACUGCGCGCUGUGCCUCAAAGCCCUGUUCCAGCCGGUGACGACGACGUGCGGGCACUCGUACUGCCGCAACUGCCUCGCGAGCGCGCUCGAGUACAAGAAGCUCUGCCCGCUGUGCCGCGCGCCGUGCUUCCUGGCGCCAGACCACCCGACCAACGUCACGCUCCAGCGCAUCGUCGAGUCAUUCUACCCAGACGUCUGCAAGCAGCGCAUCUCAGAGCUCAGGCAGGACUGCAAGGACAAGAAGAUGCGAAUCCCACUUUUUGUGGAGGAAAUGGUCCAAUUCCCGUUCGCGUUGCUCUCAUUACACUUGUACGAGUCAAGAUACAAGCUGCUGGCACAGCGCUGCAACGAAGGGGGAUCGCGAGUGUUCGGAGUGGUCUACCUGCCAAAGACCGGCAGCGUACAGUCGGUGGUGGGGUCGGCAGGAUGCUUGGUAGAAAUCACGCUCGCGCACGAAACGCCCGACGGCCGAUGGUACAUUCAUGCCAAGGGCGUCAAGCGAUUCCGCAUCGAGUCUGUGUGCGAAGAGCCCGGCACGGAUGGUCUCGUCUAUGCCACGGUGCGCGACAUUGAUGCAGAGGCCGAUAUUGAGCGCAUGGUUUCAGGCAGCAGCAGUGCGUCGCUUGCGAAUGCAUCCAGCACAGGCAGUACGGCUGUGGACGGCGGCACUUUCGCUGUGGCUGCUGCUCCAGGCACGCCAGCACUUGGGCAGGAGCGGGCUCCGCGCAACGCAGGCGUUUCGGCCGUUGCCGAAGCCACGCUCAUGAACGUCGACCCGCGAGCCCAUCCUGACGCCGAGGCUGAAAUGCUGUGCCUAAGACUGCGCGUCUUGCUGGAAGACUACUUUAACUCAACCUUCUGGUCACGACUCAACCUGUUUUCGGCGCUCAUUGGACCGUCACGGCGCAUCAAGAGUCUGCCCGAAUCUCCACUCAAAUUUAGUUACUGGGCCGCAGGGUUUUUGCCCGUGUCGCUCCAGCAAAAGCAAAAGCUGCUCGAUGCGCCGACCGUGAACGAGCGGUUGCGGCUCGAGGUCGAGAUGCUCCGCGAAAUUGUUCACCGCGAAUCGCGCCAAAGCAACGGCUUCCUCUGGCUCCUGCUUGCCAUCGUGGUGGUCUUUGUCUCGUUGUAUUUUAUGCGCAUUGCGGCAUCAGCUGCAGCGCUCGGGCAUUAAGGCAAAAAGAAAAAAAAGAAAAAAAAAAGACGAGGUGGCUGAUCCAAGCACGGCUGCGUUGUGAUUUUGGAAAUUCCCGCGCGAGUCUGCGUUGGUAUUUCCUCUUCUUUGCUGGUUUUGCUUGGACGCAUCGUCUGCCCACCCUUGUGUGUGCCCGUGUUGAGUGCUUAGUGAGGUUUUUGAUUGUUUUUGGUGUCAGUUGGAUUUCUGCCGUUGUCAAUUAAUAUUAUUUGGGAUUCAUGUCA